UUUGGGCCCUGUUUUAGACUCCUGCUUUUGGCGUGACGUCAACUCCGCAACCAACAUCCGGCACGCGCUGGUGGAGAUGCUGCUGGGGCACAAACGACCUGAAUCGCUGCAGACUGGCGGCGGCAGCGGCGGCGGCGGCGGCAGCAGCAGCGGGGGCGCGUGCGCGCAUCUUGGUAGCGGAGGGGGCGGGAAAGGCCACGUGGAGGAGGAGAGCGCAGCGCCGCCCAAGAAGCGGCGCAAGCGCGCAGGCUGAGGAGCCGUCUGGCGGUGUCUAGGUAGCGCCGUAGCGGUCCGCGGUGGAGCUGGCAGCGCAUGCGUAGCGGCAUGACAAGCAGUGCGGCUGUUGACAACUGUGCUGUGUCUGGCUGCUGUUGGCUCUGCUGUGGCAUCGCGAUUGCUAGAUAGGCGCCUGGUUUGGCUAUGUGCCUGUGGAAACUGACCCCGGCUCUGUCCGGGCGAUGAGGUUGUUCGGCCUCAGACUGUGGAGGGGCUCAGCCCCUUUUCUCGUGACCGGGGAACCAGACCC